CAGCACCCCCGAAAGAUCCAGCUGUGGCAGUCAUAGUCCGAACCGUGACCAUCAGAGACACGCCGGCAGUAAGGAGCCAGAUGUUUGACAUGGGCCGGGCGAUUUACAGCUGUAUUAGCCGGAGGAGCGCAUUCUAAGUGAUUUAAAGGACUUUGGACCUAUCACACAAUCGUUGCAGUUCCUGCCGCACCUGGGCUCUGUGACGUCCCCACGGUUCAGAGUGAUGUCUCUCAGCGCUGUCACGCGUCGCAUGGUCACCUGCCUGCUCAACAUCUCCGAGGCACGGAAUAGGGAUAUAGUGGACAAGGUAGCAAGAGCAGCUGUUUUCCACAAGCACGGAGGGUGGCGGGAGGGGUCCACAGUCCUCAACAUUUUUAAUGACCACGGCUACAACCGUUCCGUGAUCACCAUUGUGGCGAGCAUUGAUGACAUCGGGGAAGCAGUGUUGUCGGCGUGUGAGCAGGCCCUGGAUAUGAUCGAUAUGAGGGGCCAUGUUGGGGCUCACCCGUGCAUGGGUGCCGUUGACCUGGUGCCUCUCUAUCCCCUGGGGGAGGAUGUGGGGCUUGAGGAAUGUGGCAGGGAGGCCAGAGAGCUGGCCGGCAGGCUCACGCGGCGUGUCCCCGGAACCGCCGCCUUCUACUUUGGCAUGGCGGACGAUCCCUCGCACCGCGGCCUUGCUCAGCGCCGGAAGGAGGUGGGCUGGUUCCGGAAUAACCAUGAUCUGUCCCGUGUCCGGCCAGAUGUGGGCGGAACGCCCGAAAGCAGAUAUGGUUUGACAGGUGUGGGGGCCAGCCCGUAUGUCAUGAACUGUAACGUCACCCUCGGCACACAAGACCUCAACGUGGGACACCGAGUGGCUGCUUCCCUGCGCGAAUCCAGCCCGGGUGGGAUUCCGGGAGUGCAGGUGCUUGCCCUGCCACACGAGGGCGCGGUGGAGAUCGCCUGCAAUGUGGAGAGCGUACCAGGGGCCCCGCCCGCAGACCACUGGCCCACCUUUAGUAUUCGGGGUCAGCAAUUCUGGCACGCGCCGGCGUCCCUGAUCUCCACACAUGUAAAACAGCUGGCAGGGCGAUACGGUGUAGUCACCAAGGGAACGGUGCUUGUGGGGUUUACACCCCAGGAAUGCAAGGGCCUUGCUGUGCAGGCCAUCACUCAGGGUAUCGGUGAAUACUGGAAACACCAACGUGCCAUAUUUAUGUAAUGUCCUUUUACAAACACAAUGCAGGAGAUCUGACCAGCAGGCAACUGGGACACCCCACCUCAGCCAGCUUGUGACCCAGACAAAUGCAAGUCCAUGUUUGAGGCUCCUCCACCUGAACUGCUCUCAAUUAGCACAUCAUCCUGGGCGAAUUCUAGACAUUGGUUAGACUGUGCAGAAUGCUGCACAGGGCUGCAAGGCCUGUUUCAAUAAAGCUCUCAUUUUUAUAAAGGUUAAAA